AUGGGGAGAAAAUAUGGGAGAUUGUGCAUUGGCCGUCUGGGAGGCGCCUGUUUCCGCGUAAAACCAAGAUCGAGUUCCUUCGGGUCAACCGGUCAGAAAGCCGAGUUUCUGAGCAAUAACAAUAACAAUAGUACUAGUAGUGUUAAUGGAGGAAUAUCAUCAUCAGAAGAGUUUAGCAUGCAAAAGGUUGAUGACCAUGAAGAGAAAAUUAGUGGGAACAAGAUAAUGAUUGUGGUUGAUUCAAGCCUUGAGGCCGAAGGAGCUCUUGAAUGGGCACUUUCCCACACUGUUCAAAGUCAGGACACAGUUGUUCUUCUUCAUGUUUCCAAGCCCGCUAAACAAGAUUCAAAUGGGAAAGUUAAUAAUCUAAGGGUCACUGAACUUCUUCACUCCAUGAAAAAUAAUUGCCAAAGGAAAAGGCCUGGGGUGAAAGUUGAAAUAGAAUUGCUCCAAGGGAAGGAAAGAGGUCCAAUAAUAGUGGAAGCAGCAAAACGACAAAAAGUGUCUCUACUAGUCCUUGGCCAAAAGAGAGAGAGGUCAGUUUGGUGGAGCCUAAUUAUGAGAAUGAGGUGGUCAAGAAAUGGGAAACGACGAGACGUUGCUGAGUACUGCAUAGAAAACGCUUCAUGCAUGACCAUUGCCGUGAGGAGGAAGAACAGGAAACUUGGAGGCUAUUUGAUAACCACCAAGCGUCACAAGAACUUUUGGCUUUUAGCUUGA